UGGAAAGUGUAUAAUCCAUUGGAUCUUUCGUCGUCGACGCCAUUUGUCUCUGACAUCUCUGCAAAAAGUGCCAGCAAUUUCUUUCGUUUCAAUUUCCUCUGUCCUCGCCGUCUCCGAUCCCAAAACCUGUAACCAUCCUUCUGUCCGGCGAGCCAGGUUUCUGAACAAAAGGAGAUAAAAGAGAAGAGGAAUUCUCCGGCUGUCUCCUUUUUCAUCGCUCUUUCUGGAAUCAUUUGCAAUUUUACUUUCCCCGGCUUUCCACAUCGCCAACAAGCUCCGAUCGACUGCACGAGCCGGCGGUUGUUUUGGGGUCUUCCGGCGAUAUUGAAUUUCCUUCGUUUCGUCCAUUUGGAGGGAAGGAAAUGAAUUUGGAUGGUUUUUGUUGCUAGCAGAUAUGGUUAUAUAGAAUUGUAAAAGGAGGCGGAGGCGGAGGCGGCGGACUUUUUGGGAGAGAAUUGUUUUCCACGGGGGAUUGUAAACGAUGCAUUUCUUCCCUUUCAGCUCAAGCUCUAACAAUGAUGGCGGGAGUCGUAUUCCGGUAUAUCUGAAUGUGUAUGAUCUUACCACUGUAAAUAACUACCUCUAUUGGUUCGGGCUUGGGAUCUUCCAUUCGGGUAUCGAAGGUAGCCCUUCUUCAGUUCCUGGUUUAGCUGUACUAGUUGUGUUUGUUCCCGCCAUGAAUUUUCUCAUUUUGCCAUAUUUUGAUCAUUUUUUAGAACCAUGGUGAAAGUUUGACACUUUUAUCCUUGUAAACUUCUAUUCUGUAGUUAAGUGAAUCAUCUGAGAAGGAGUGAAUUGCUUUUUUUCUUAUGAAAAGAAUGGAGUGAAUCUCAAGGGUUAGCAUUUAAAUCUUCACUAGGUUAUCUUAGGCAUGAAUUCGACUGUUUCUCAUGUUCACAGAUGAGUGUCGUUAUGUGAAAUUGACUUAAGAGAAGGAAACUUCAGUGAGGGGCUAACAUUCAUAGGAAACUUUAGUGUCUAUCAAAAGAGGAAUCAAAUCAGGGAAGUCCAUCCUUAAAUUAGCAAGUAAUUCCCUUGUGCUGAAUGUCUAGGACUGUCCAAGUGUCAAAAGACUAGAAUGUGAGUUGAUUUGUUUCUUAGGUGGGCGGGCAAUGAGUUACCAUUCUUAAAUUCUUUAUGCAACUUAGGCUAUGAGGAGCCAUAAUGCAAGGAUAAGAUGCGUAGACUACUUACUAUGUUAGAUGCUAGUUUUAGAAAACAAUUUAUGAAGCACCAAAACUUUCAAAUGUUUUAACGCUAUUGCAAUGUUAUAACUUAUGUGGCACAUGAAUGAGUAAAUCAUUUAUUAUCUGGACAAAUACAUGGUUUAGUGUUGAUGCUUGUCUCUCUUCAGUAUACUUUAUGUCUGAUAUAAUAGAGUGAUUUAAUUUUAGAAUUGGUGAUAAUUGCUGUUUUGAAUGUAUUGGUUGUCUGAUUUUCUUUAGCUUGUUUUCAGCCUUUGCUUUGGGGAUUUACCCUGCUAUCCUAUCCUGCGAUAGCCUUGAUCUCCUUGCUUCUGUCUGCAUCUUGUUUUUUCCCCUCGCCCUGCUCCCUACUUGUUAGCUGAUAGUUUGCAAGUUGCCUGUUGGGAGAGUUUGUAUUUGUUCUUGUGUUUGUUUGUCCCUUUCUUUCUCGAUUAUGAAAAUGAUAUCACCAUUACCACAAAAAAAGGAUCUUGCAUAGAUGGCAGUUACAAUCAGGAAUCGGAAAUGUUACUAUGCUAUGCAUUUAAGUAAAUUACUUCAAAUCUUACUGAUUAUGGUGUCUAUAAUGUGUUUUGACAAUUUCAAUUGGAUUCGAUAAUCAGUCCAUGGGAUGGAGUUUAGUUUUGGAGCACAUGAGUACCCUAGCAGUGGGAUAUUUGAGGUGGAACCACGAAGUUGUCCAGGCUUCAUCUUUCGACGAGCAGUGUUGCUGGGCAACACCAGCUUGUCACGGGAAGAAGUUCAGGCAUUAAUGGAACACCUUUCAUCAGACUACCAUGGUGAUUGUUAUCAUUUGAUUGCCAAGAAUUGCAAUCACUUCACAAGUGAAGCGUGCGUGAGAUUAACUGGAAAGCCAAUUCCAGGAUGGAUAAAUCGGAUGGCUCGGUUAGGUUCCUUCUGCAAUUGUCUACUGCCAGAGAGCAUUAAGGUAGCACCAGUUCGACAUGUACCUGAACACGCCGGAUAUUCUGAUGAUGACGCCUCAGGAUCUAUCAUAUCAUCCGCUUCAUUGGCCAGCGACGAAGAGAAUUCAAAUCACCAUCUGCUGCCCAUACCCAAUGGCGAGGUUGAAUUUAUAAAGGAAAAAGAAAAACCAAUCAGGCUAGCCAAAGAUAUACUGUAGAAGAUGUUUUCUUGUUUCUGUGAGAUGUAGAGAAACUUAAAGACUCUUUGUUCCCACUCUUGUUUGGUUUGCCACUGGAUGUUUGUAUGAUUUUCCCAUUGAACUCAGGAUCGGUACAGAACCUGAUAAAAAGACGCGGGAGGAGGGAUGAGACCACAUUGAGAAUACAUUUGAUCUGAUAUGAUCUGAUUCGACCCGCUUGUGUUCGUUGUUUGUAAGGGUUUAUAGUCCUACAUCUGUCUGAUUCAAAUAUCGGUUUGUUCCGAUG